AUGAGCCUCAGCCGCAGCAACCCCUGCACAUCCUCUUCCUCCCGUACUUCGCCUCGGGGCACCUCAUUCCGGCGGCGGACAUGGCCGCGCUAUUCGGUGGUGUACGUCUCCUUCGGCACGCUCACCAGCUUCUCCCUUGCUGAGCAUCGCGAGAUCGCCCGUGGCCUCGACCUCUCCGGCAAGAACUUCGUAUGGGUGCUGAGUGGCAGCGACGACGACCGGUCGGAGUGGAUGCCUGAAGGCUUCGCCGAGCUGACCGGCAACAACGACCGCGGCUUUCUCAUACAAGGGUGGGCGCCGCGGGCGCUCAUCCCGAGCCAGCCGGCCGUGAGCGCCGGCGUGCCGAUGGUGACAUGGCCGCGGUACGCCGACCAGUUCUACAACGAGAAGCUCGUCGUGGACGUGCUCAAAGUUGGCGUCAGCGUCGGCGCCAAGGACUAUGCGUCGUCUAUGGAGACCCAUGAGGUGAUCUCCGGCGAGGUGAUCGCUGGAUCCAUCACCAGAUUGAUGGGAGGUAGUUUGGAGAGCGACAACAUACGGAAGAAGGCUGAGGAGCUCCGUGUGAAGGCAAGGACCGCGGUGGAGACAGGUGGAGGUUCCUACAAUGAUGUUGGGCGGCUGAUGGACGAGUUGAUGGCUGGUCGGAGUGCUGUCAGGGGCAACGCAAACCUCCAUGGCAGCGACUCCUCCCCAGCCAUACCAAUCGACAUCUCCGUCGUGCCUUUCCCCGACGUCGGGCUCCCGCCAGGCUUCGAGAACGUCAGGUACAUCACCCAGUCCCACGGACCAGAGUACUACGGCAAGUUCCUCCAUGCCGGUCUUCUUCUCCGGGAGCCCUUCGACCAGUUCCUGGCCGAUAGCCGGCCCCGCGUCGACGCCGUCGUGACUGACAGCUUCUUCACCUGGUCCCAAGACGCCGCCGCGGCGCACGGCGUCCCGCGGCUCGUGUUCCUCGGCAUCAGCGUCUUCGCGCGGUGCUGCAGCGAAAGCACGCUGCGCAACAACCCGCUGGAGGCUUGCCCGGACGACGACGAGGAUCCGGACGCCUUCGUUUUGCUGCCCGGGCUGCCGCACCGUGUGGAGCUGAGGAGGCGGCAGAUUUUGGAUCACGGGAAGAGGCCGUUGGAGUGGGAGUUCUACGAGAGCGCCAGCGCGGCGGACCAGAGGAGCUUCGGCGAGGUGUUCAACAGCUUCCACGAGCUCGAGCCGGACUACGUGGAGCACUUCCACGCCACGCUCGGCCGCCGCGCCUGGCUCGUCGGACCCGUCGCGCUCGCCACCGACAGCAGAGAUGUGGCCGCGACAGGAGGCAUUAGUACCGACGGCGUCGCCGACAUCUGCCUCCGGUGGCUAGACACGAAGCUGGCAGGCUCCGUGGUGUACGUCUCCUUCGGCACGUUGACCACUUUCUUGCCUGCCGAGCUGGUCGAGAUCGCCCGCGGCCUCGACCUCUCCGGCAAGAACUUCCUGUGGGUCAUCAGUGGCACCGAAUCGUCAGAGUGGAUGCCUCAAGGCUUCGCCGAGCUGUUGGCGCGGGGUGACCGUGGCUUCGUCAUCCGAGGCUGGGCGCCGCAGACGCUCAUCCUGAAACACUUGGCGCUAGGCGGCUUCGUCACCCACUGCGGGUGGAACUCGGUGCUGGAGGCGGUGAGCGCCGGCGUGCCAAUGGUCACAUGGCCGCGGUACGGGGACCAGUUCCACAACGAGAAGCUUGUGGUGGAGGUGCUCAAGGUUGGCGUCAACGUCGGCGCCAGGGACUCCGCGGCGGCCAUUGAUACCCAUGAGGUGAUCGGUGGCGAGGUGAUCAGUGCAUCCAUCAAGAGAUUGAUGGACGACAGUGAGGAGAGCAAUGCUAUGCGGAAGAAGAUUCAGGAGCUUCGUACAAUGGCGACAAAGGCGUUGGAGAAGGGUGGAUCUUCCUACAAUGAUGUUGGACGAGUCAUGGAUGAGUUGAUGGCUCGCCGGAGCUGUAAGAGUGUAGAAGAAAACGUCCGGGCUAGCUGA